AUGCCAGGAGAAGUUAUCGAUCGGCCGAAUCCAGAGGCAUUGCCGUCGCAGUUGCCAGGCUGUGUAGCGGAAUUGCAAGUCUCACUUUCUUAUCAAACUCUGGACGAGAAGACCUGCAAUGCUUUGCUCAAGUUCCGGAGAGCAGCCUCCUACAUCGCUGCCGCGAUGAUCUUUCUUCAGGAAAAUACUUUGAUGAAAAGAGAUCUGAUAUUCAAGGAUAUUAAGCCAAGGCUGUUGGGUCACUGGGGAACAUGUCCGGGUCUGAUCCUGGUCUACUCACAUCUCAACUAUCUCAUUCGAACCAGAGAUCUUGACAUGCUUUAUGUGGUUGGCCCAGGACACGGUGCACCCGCCCUCCUCGCAACGCUAUGGAUAGAGGGUUCGUUAGAGAGAUUUUAUCCAGAGUACACCCGCGACGGGAAAGGUCUCCAUCGUUUGAUUUCAACGUUCAGUACUACUACUGGAUUCCCAAGUCACAUCAACGGUGAGACACCCGGCGCGAUUCAUGAAGGUGGAGAGCUGGGUUACGCCCUAUCCGUAUCAUUCGGUGCGGUGAUGGACAACCCCGAUCUCAUUGUGACUUGCAUAGUCGGAGAUGGAGAGGCGGAAACAGGACCAACUGCUACCUCCUGGCACGGAAUCAAGUACAUUGAUCCCAAAGAGUCUGGCGCCGUCCUUCCGAUCCUUCAUCUCAACGGGUUCAAGAUUAGCGAGCGCACCAUUUUCGGCUGCAUGGAUCACAAAGAGCUCGCGGCCUUGUUUAGUGGAUACGGCUACCAGGUCCGCUUCGUUGAAGACCUCAAAGAUAUCGAUACCGAUCUCCAUUACUCAAUGGCAUGGGCCGUGGACGAGAUCCAGAAAAUCCAGAAAGCAGCUCGCUCUGGGAAUCCAAUUCUCAAGCCUAGAUGGCCAAUGCUGAUUCUGCGCACCCCAAAGGGCUGGUCAGGACCGAAGGAACUCAACGGCGAAUUCAUCGAGGGCUCCUUUCAUUCACAUCAAGUGCCACUACCCAAGGCAAAGUCUGACCAGGGGCAACUAGACAUUCUCCAGCAAUGGCUCGCGGGCUAUAAGCCUAAGGAGCUCUUCAAAGAGAACGGCGAUGUCAUCGACGAGAUCAAGUCUGUGAUCCCCGAGAACGACGAGAAGAAGCUGGGUCAGCGCAUUGAAGCAUACAACAAAUACACACCACCAGUUCUACCCGACUGGAAGAAGUUCUGUGGAAACCAAGGAGCCAAUGAAAGUGCCAUGAAGGCAAUUGGUCGGCUCAUCAAAGAUGUCAUGAAGGAAAAUCCCGAUAGCGUGCGGCUGUUCUGUCCCGAUGAGUUAGAAAGCAACAAACUGGACGCGGUGUUUGAAACCACAGGCCGAAAUUUCCAGUGGGAUGAAUUUUCUAAUGCUCGCGGGGGGCGUGUCAUUGAGGUGCUCAGUGAACAUAUGUGUCAGGGCUUCAUGCAGGGGUACACCUUGACUGGCCGGGUGGGAAUUUUCGCGUCCUAUGAGAGCUUCCUUGGCAUCAUUCAUACCAUGAUGGUGCAGUAUGCCAAGUUUAUCAAGAUGGCUCGUGAAACCAAAUGGCACUGUUCUGUCAGCAGCUUCAAUUACAUUGAAACCAGCACCUGGACACGUCAGGAGCAUAACGGGUUCUCCCACCAGAACCCAUCAUUCAUUGGAUCCGUAUUGAAGCUCAAGCCUUAUGCGGCCCGUGUGUAUCUCCCACCGGAUGCAAAUACAUUCCUGACAACAAUGCAUCACUGCUUAAAGUCGAAGAAUUACAUCAACCUCAUGGUAGGCUCGAAGCAGCCAACCCCAGUGUAUCUGAGUCCAGAAGAAGCAGAGAACCACUGCCGUGCUGGUGCAUCAGUCUGGAAAUUCUGCAGUACUGGCGAUGGACUGGAUCCGGACGUGGUCCUGGUGGGUAUUGGUGUCGAGCUGAUGUUCGAGGUGAUCCAAGCCGCAGCGAUUCUGCGCAAGCGCGCGCCAGCCCUGCGCGUACGUGUGGUGAAUGUGACCGACUUGCUCAUCCUCGAGAACGCGGGCCAACAUCCGCAUGCAUUGGCCACUGAGGAAUUUGAUAAUUUGUUCACUGCCGACAGGCCCAUCCACUUCAACUACCAUGGUUAUCCGAUGGAAUUGCAGGGUUUGCUAUUUGGUCGCCCUCGUCUCGAUCGUGUCUCGAUUGCUGGCUACAUGGAGGAAGGAAGUACAACGACGCCAUUUGAUAUGAUGCUCGUCAAUCGUACAUCGCGCUUCCAUGUCGCGCAGGCAGCCGUUCGCGGUGCUGCCAGGCGCAAUGAGAGGAUCCGAAUUCACCAACAGGAGCUCAACUCCGAGUUGGGUCACAAUAUCGUCGAGACGAGGAAGUACAUCAUCGCAACGCAUGAGGAUCCUCCCGGAUUCUAUGACACGCCAGAAUUCACAGAGAACACGCCAUUUAGAUAUUGA